AUGUUUGAAGAUGAAAUUGAAAGAGUCCGAAUUCGAUGUGGUUUUAAUGCUGGGAUUGCGGUUGGAUGUACAGGUCAUGGUAAAGAUAGAGCAGGUGGUAUUGCUUUGUGGUGGAAUGAUGCUACAAAUAUCACCAUAUCCUCCUAUUCUCUAAAUCAUAUUAAUGGGACGGUUGGUGAUGAUUUGAAUGGCGAGCCUUGGAGUAUUACAGGAAUUUAUGGAUUCCCAGAAGAAUAUAACAAGAGGAAAACGUGGGCUUUAAUUAAUGAGAUUUCAACCUCUGCAGCUGAAAACUGGAUUUGUUUUGGAGACUUGAAUGAUAUUGUGUCUGCUACAGAGAAAGUAGGUGGCAAUCCUAGAAGUCUCACUCAGUUAAAUUUGGGUAGAGUGGCGAUGGAAGAGUGCAGUUUGACAGAUUUGGGAUUCACUGGUUAUCCUUUUACUUGGACAAAUGGAAGAGAGGGCGAGGAGAACAUUCAAUGUCGUCUUGAUAGGGCUAUGGCUUCUUCUGGUUUCACAAACAGAUUCAGCCCCAUCAAAGUCACUCAUUUACCUAGAUUCAGAUCCGAUCACUCUGCUCUCCAAAUUCUGCUGGAAGCGCAUGACCAUGAUGGAAGAAAUAAGAAACCUCACAUUUUUCGGUUUGAAGAAUGCUGGUCCAAAGAUAGAAAUUGUGAGUCUCUCAUUAAGAAGUAUUGGUCUAGCACUAGGGGUGACUGUGAGACAAAAUUAGUUGCCCUUCAAUCUCUAGAUGUUGAUUUUAAACACUAUAGAUCAAAUGAGGUGAAAAAAGAGAUUCUAAAAAUAGAGGAGGCUUUAAAAGAAGAAUGUUUGUGGGAUGGUUCUAAGGAUGAAAUUCAGAAAUAUAGAGAAAUGGAAAGAAAACACUCUGAACUUCUGCAACAUGAAGAGCUACUUUGGAGACAACGCAGCAGGGCUGUUUGGUUAAAGGAUGGAGAUAAGAAUACAAAAUUCUUCCAUGGAAAGGCUUCUCAAAGAAAGAAAACAAAUGCUAUAAAAAAGUUGAAAGAUGAAGACGGUAUUUGGUGGCAUGGCCAAGAUAAAGUGGAGGGUGUGUUAAUUGAUUUUUUCUCUGACUUAUUUACAUCAUCUAAUCCCACUAGUAUGGAUCAAGUAUGUGAAGCAGUAAACAAAAAACUCUCAGAUGAUCAAAAGGACUGGUGCAGCCAACCUUACAACCUUGAAGAGAUUAAAGAAGCUGUUGAUCAAAUGCAUCCUUUAAAGGCUCCUGGCCCGGAUGGAAUACCUGCUCUUUUCUUUCAAAAAUACUGGCAUAUUGUGGGUAAGGAUACUUGUUUAAAGGUUUUGAGCAUUCUUAAUGAUAAUGGUACUCCUGAAAGUUUAAACCGAACUUUUGUGGCUUUAAUUCCAAAGUGCAAGAAUCCUGGUUCCCCAAAUCACUUCAGGCCCAUAAGUUUGUGCAAUGUAAUUAUGAAAAUUGUGACAAAAUGCAUAGCUAACAGAAUGAAAUGCAUCCUACCAGAGGUUGUAGAUGAAGAGCAAAGUGCAUUUGUGAAAGGGAGAUUGAUAACUGACAACGCUCUGAUAGCUAUGGAAUGUUUUCAUUGGAUGAAAAAGAAGACAAAAGGGAAGAAAGGAAUGAUGGCACUCAAGUUAGACAUGGCAAAAGCUUAUGAUCGAAUGGAGUGGCCUUUCAUCAGAUCAACUCUUCAAGCCACAGGUUUCCCGCCCACAAUGAUAAACCUGAUUAUGAACUGCAUAUCUACUGUGUCAUAUCAAUUAUUGGUGAAUGGUCAACCAAGUAGAAGAUUCAAGCCAGAAAGAGGUAUUCGCCAAGGCGAUCCAUUAUCCCCAUAUGUUUUUAUUCUGUGUGCUAAUGUAUUAUCUGGUAUGUUACACAAGGGUGCUAGAAACAAUAAGAUUCACGGUCUUCAAGUGGCGAGGAAUGCUCCAAAGAUUACUCAUUUACUUUUUGCGGAUGAUAGCCUUCUCUUUGCUAGAGCUAACCAGAAGGAAGCAGAGGUAAUUAUUAAUAUUCUCCAAACUUAUCAGACAGCUUCAGGUCAAUUAGUGAGUCUUGAGAAAUCAGAAGUGUCAUUUAGCCGAAAUUUGCCAACUAUUGAGAAGAAUAUGAUCUGUAACAAGAUUGAUGUAAAGGCUGUGACAAAUCACUCCAAGUACCUGGGACUUCCUGUUAUUUUUGGUAGAUCUAAGAAAGAAAUCUUCGCUAGUGUUCAAGAGAGGAUUUGGAAGAAGAUCAAAGGUUGGAAAGAGAAAUGUUUGUCAAGAGCGGGAAAGGAAACUUUGAUAAAGUCAGUCGCCCAGGCCAUCCCAAACUACAUUAUGAGUUGUUACAAGUUACCUACUGGUUGUUGUGAUAAUAUUGAAGCUAUGUUGGCAAAAUUUUGGUGGGGAACAACUGAGAAGCAAAGGAAAAUUCAUUGGGUCAGUUGGAACAAACUAGGAAAGGCAAAGAGUAAAGGCGGUCUCGGAUUCAGAAGCUUCGAAGAUUUUAAUAAAGCCCUUCUUGGGAAACAAUGUUGGAGACUACUUCAAAAUCCAGAUUCACUUCUUGCAAAAGUGUUCAAGAGCAGGUACUUCCCAAGAUCAAAAUUCAUGGAUGCGAAUGUGGGAUAUCAACCUAGCUAUGCUUGGCGGAGCUUGUGUAAUUCAAGAGAAGUAAUUGAUGUGGGAGCUAGAUGGUUAAUUGGUAAUGGGAAGGAUGUGCACAUAUGGAAUGACAAAUGGUUGCCGGCGCAAGACAAGUUCAAGGUCUGGAGUCCCGUGUCUAAUUUGGCUCCUAAUGCAAUGGUUAGUGAUUUGAUCAAUCUAGAGACAAAAAUGUGGGACAAGAACCUGGUUCAAAAUUGUUUCAAUUCUUUUGAAGCCGAACAAAUUCUUAAUAUUCCACUUUCUUGGAGACUUCCUGCUGACAAGUUGAUUUGGCACUGGGAGAAAAAUGGAGAAUUUUCUGUACGUUCAGCUUACCAUAUGUUAUCUGAAAUUAGGAACCAAAACAGUCCCGAGGCAUCUUCAUCCAGAGAUCACUUGUUGUGGAAGGCUAUCUGGAAAGUAAAUGUGCCAAAUUGCAUCAAGAAUUUCUUAUGGAGGUUGGCAAAAGCAAUUCUCCCAACUAGAAGCAGACUGGAAAAGAAAGGGAUCACUCUUGAUACAACAUGUCCUCUUUGUUUUAAUGAUAUUGAAUGCAAUGAACAUCUGUUCAUGCAUUGCCCUUUGUCUAAACAGGUUUGGUUCUCAUCUCCUCUUGGGUUACAUGCUCCUAACAAUGUCGACCUAAUUUCUUGGAUGCAACUUUGGCUUUCAAAUCCUGACAAAUUAGCCUCCCAACUAUUUAGCACUACUCUAUGGAUGAUUUGGAAAGGAAGGAACAAGUUGAUUUUUAAGAAUGUGAAAUUCUGUCCAAUUUAUGUUGCUGCUGCUAGUUCUGAUUUUGUGGCAGAAUUCAACUCAGGUUCUUGCUGUAAUGAGAGCAAUAUAGUUCGCGAGAAUCCGGACAGUUGGGAGCCUCCGGAGCAAGCAAAAUUUAAAGUAAACAUUGAUGCAGGGUGCUUCUCUAAUGGAACUACUGGAUGGGGAAUGAUUAUGAGAAACCAUCUUGGUAUGGUUGAUUUUGCUGCAACUCAUCUAGAGAAGAUCAAAGUUUCUCCAACUCUGGCCGAGGCUAUGGCGCUGCGAUGGUGUUUAAAGUGGAUUCAAGCUUCAACGCAUCAUGAGCAUAUCACCAUUGAAUCUGAUUCUGAGAUAUCUGUCAAAUGUCUACAUGGCAGUGUUUGUGAUGUUCUAGUGGAAAAUAUAAUUCAAGAUUGUAGAGAUUUUCUUUCUAGAUUGCCAAAUGUAAUUGUUGUUUUUAUUAGAAGGAGCAAAAAUUUUGCUGCUCAUGAACUAGCUACUUUGGCUAGGAAUCAACAAGAGUUGAUGGAAGAGGAGAAUGAUCCAGUUGAUGAUAGUCUUAGUGAAAUAUUUACUUUCACUAAGAUGCUGGAAACAAGUACACAUGCUGCUGGACUUUAUAUUCCAAAGGAACAUGCAGAUAGAUGCUUCCCUACACUGGAUAUGACUGGUCAACCACCAAUGCAAGAUUUAGUGAUGAAGGACUUGCAUGGAAUUGAGUGGAAUUUUCGACAUAUUUACUGUGAUCAUCAAAAAGCUCACUACCUUACAAGUGGUUGGAGCAAGUUCGUAAAUUCUAAAAAACUUGUUCCCGGAGAUUCAUGCAUUUUUGCCAGAGGAGAGAAUGGUGAAAUUGGUAUUGGGAUUCGUCGAGCCAUGAAACAAGAUAGUGAUAUAUGGAAAACAUCAUCUACAUUUGCACCAAUGGGUGUUGCUUCCUUUGCUGUUUUAACAGGAACUAUGUUCACUGUCCAGUACUACCCUUGGAUUACUCCCUUUGAGUUUAUGAUCCCUCUGAAAACUUAUGUUGAGUCCAUUGAAAGAGACUACCCCAUUGGAACGAGGGUACGUAGGUUGUCUCAAGAUGAAGAAUCUGCAAGAAGAUAUGGUACAAUUGUUGGUAAUGAAGAUAUUGAUCCCAUUAGGUGGCCUGGAUCUGAAUGGAGAUGUAUCAAGGUGCAAUGGGAUUCCAAACCACCAAAUACUUUUACAGAACUUGAAAGGGUUUGUCCUUGGUGGAUUGAGCCUUUGGGAUCUCCCAAGAUUAAGGGCUUUCCUAUUCUUCCUUCAUCAAAUGAGGAUAUUGGGAGUUCAACCAAGGCUGACUAUCACAUAGUCGAUAUGGAAGUGCAAGGUAAUGCAACUGGAUGGGGAAUGGUUAUUUACAACCAAUCAGGCCGUGUUGUUCUCUCAGCCUGCAGGAAAGAAUUAAUUGAUGUUGAGCCUGUCUUGGCCGAGGCAAUUGGUGUGAGAUGGUGUCUUCAAAAAGCUAUUGAAUUAAAUAUGACAGACAUUGUUAUUGUAUCUGAUGCUGCCACUGUAGUAAGUUGUAUUAACUCAAACAAGCAUGUUGCUGUGAUAGAUUUAGUGAUUCAAGAUUGUAAUUUACUUAUUGAACAAUUAGAUAGUGUAGUUGUGACAUAUGUUAGGCGUCACCUAAAUGUUGUUGCUCAUGGAUUAGCAGGUUUUUCAAAUGUUGUUGGUACUAAAUUGUGGAUGGGAGUAGUUCCAAACUCCAUAUCUGCAGCACUUUGUAACACAGCUGGUGUAUCAGCAGUUUUUAGUUAA